CUGUCAACAUGUCCUACAGCUGCUCUUCUGGAAACUUCUCCUCCCGCUCUUUUGGGGGCUACCUGCAAUACCCACGCCCCUCCUGCGGCUCUUCGUAUCCUGGCAAGCUGAUCUACAGCACUGAUCUUCAAACUCCCAUCACCUACCAGCUGGACUCCCCUGUCCACAGCGGAUGUCAGGAAACCUUCUAUGAGCCCACCAGCUGCCAGAGGUCCUUUGUGGUGUCCAGGCCCUGCCAGACAUCCUGCUACCGCCCGAAGAUCUCCACCUUGGGCAAUACCUGCCAGACAACUUUCUCAGGAUCUCUCGGCUUUGGGUCUAGGGGCUUCCAAUCUUUUGGCUGUGGCUCCCCUUCACUGGGCUUUGGAUCUACUGGUUUCCAAUCAGUGGGCUAUAGACCCCACACUUUCUCAUCCUUAAAUUGUGGAUCCAACUUUUACCGCCCAACCUACUUUUCUUCUAGAAGCUUCCAGUCUACUUCUUUCCAACCUACCUGUAGAUCUGGCUUCUAUUAGCCAUAUAUUUUAGGAAUCAGAAUUUUAGGCAUAAUUCCUAUUAUCAUAAGAUUAAUACUAUCUCUUGAUCGCCUAUCUUCAUUAGCUAGACGUUAGUCUUCCACUUUUACUCUCAUGGAUUUGGAGUGAUUGGAAUUCCAGGAAUAGGAAAAUAUAUUCAUUGGAAAGAUACCCAAAUUGUUCUGCUAUCCUUAUAUAACUAUGCAAUAGCUGAAGUAGAUUUUUUUCUUAAUGUAUCUUCUUAUUAUUUUCCCUAGCACAUUUGUCUUAAGUUUUACAGUGAAAAAUGUUAUACACUUAAAUAAAACUAUUACUUGAACUUUAUAUGUAUUGGGUUUUUUUCUGGUCUUAAAAACUGCUUCUAAAUAUCUGCCUGAGAUUUUCUGUAUCGUAUA